AUGGCAAACUCAUUCCGUACAACCUCUUUCUCAUACCAUCUCCAAACCCUGUUUCUCUUCACCUCCGACCAAGUCCUCGACACCGUGAUCCCCGGCACUCUGUUCGGCCUCAGCGCCGCCUUCUCCGGCCCCGUCCUCUCCCUCCCCACGCAAUCCCUCUUCACCAUAGCGCACAGACUGCCUGCAACAUGGAUCUGGCUGUGGCUCAUGAUCCUGCAGUUCUGCCUGCAGAACCAGCACCACACAAACUCCGUCGAAGAAGACAAGAUUAAUAAACCCUGGCGCCCGAUCCCCGCGGGUAGGAUUAGCCAAACGGGUGCAUUGAGGGUCCUGACGGCCGUUUACGUGCUCAACGCCGUGGUGAGCUGGCACCUCUCUGUCCUGCCGACUUACAUUGCGUGGACUGUUCUUGGCACCGCGUACAAUGACUUCGGCGGAGGCGAUCACAGCGGACUCUCGCGUAAUGCGUUCUGCGGCGCGCUGUUCUGUUGCACGUUCAGUGGCGCGCUGAGCAUUGCUUUGGGAAGCGCCACAUCAAUGAGCUACGAAGCGUGGCAGUGGACGGUUCUGAUGACAUUUGGCAUUAUUGGCAUGACAAUUCAUACGCAAGACUUUCGCGACGAGGUUGGCGACAAGGCGAGGGGGAGGAAAACACUGGUUUUGCAGAUCGGCAGGAAGGUUGCGCUUUGGAGUGUCAUAUGUGCGGUUACUUUCUGGUCGGUGUAUCCUCCGUUCGCUUUGUUCAAGGGUAAUUGGGUGGCAACCGCUCCGUCGGUAGUGUUUGCUGGAUAUCUGGUACUUAUCGCGUGCCAGGCGAUGGGUGGUUUUGACGCGAAGCGAGAUCGGCGGAUGUAUAAAAUAUGGUGUCUCUGGAUUGGUGUAUGCUGCGAGCUUCCUGCGCUGGUUCGCGUAUCAGAGGAGAUCUUGCGUGUGUAA